AUGACGAAGAGAAAAAUACUCAUAUUUGGAGCAACAGGGUAUCUUGGUAGAUACAUGGUUCAAGCCAGCCUUACAUUGGGCCAUCCAACCUACGCAUAUACUCGCCCCCUCAAUCAAAGUGGUGGUAUUGGUAGAGAUGCCAAGUUUGAGACGCUCCAAGAUUUCAAAGCCAGAGGAGUGUCCAUAGUUGAAGGAGAAUUGGAUGAUCGUGAGAAGCUUGUAGGCAUCCUUCGACAAGUUGAUAUUGUAAUAUCCGCGUUACCAGUUCCACAAUACCUUGAUCAACUUAAAAUAAUAAAUGUUGUGAAAGAAGAAAGCCACAUAGAGAGAUUUAUUCCAUCAGAAUUUGGAAAUGAAGCGGACAGAUCAACCGCUCUUCCUCCUUUCCAAGCAAUACUUGACAAGAAGAAGAAAAUUAGAAGGGCAAUUGAAGCUGCAGGAAUUCCAUACACUUAUGUUUCAGCGAACUCAUUAGCAAAAUAUUUCAUUCAUUACUUUCUAUUUCAAGGAGAAAAUUGUGAUAAAGAAGUGACUAUUUAUGGUAGCGGUGAAACUAAGGCUGUGUGGAACUACGAAGAAGACAUAGCAAUGUAUACAAUAAGAGCAGCAAUUGAUUCAAGAACACUCAAUAAAACUCUUAUUUGCAGGCCUUUAAGAAACAUAGCAUCUCAGCUGGACAUCAUAACCUCUUGGGAGAAAAAGGCUGGCAAAACUCUAAACAAGAUUCAUAUUCUAGAAGAGAAUGUGAUUAGGCUCAUUGAAACACUUCUACUUGAAAUGAGCAUACCUAUGGCAAUACUUCAUAGCAUAUUUAUCAGGGGUGACCAGUUGUGUUUUGAACUCAAACAAGAUGACUUGGAAGCAUCCACAUUGUAUGCGGACUACAGAUAUACAUCCAUUGAUGAACUACUUGACAUAACUCUUGUCAAUCCUCCAGAGGUUAAAAUAGCAUCAUUUGUAUAA